GCUGCUGUGCAGCAUCGUUGUAGGAACGUGGCUGGUGUCACGCAUAGACCGAACCAUCAUGCAGAGAGGAUAUGAAAGCAUGGAUGCCGGCUACAGUACUUGGAUUGGGAUGAUCUUUGCUGACCACUAUCAUAACAAUCCAGUCAUGGUGUGUUUCUGUCAGCUGCUCGUCUCCAACAAGCUGGAGAGACACAAGGCUUCUGCAUACUCCACAUUCAACAACAUGCCAUCUGAACCACCUGUUAACAGUAAGGCCAGGAGGCACUGGAUGUUGUUUCACACUUUGCUGAGAAACCCUCAUCUGAUCCCGCUCAGAAAGCAGCACCUCUCCUCAUCCUCGUUGUUACGGACAUCUUCAUCUCCCCAGGCAGACAUGCUGGUGCGGGCUUGGGUCAUGGCCUCACUAACGCAGACAAGCCAAGUGGAGUCACAGUCCCUGCCAGAGGUCAUAGUCACUCCAUCAGAGGACUGUUGAAGAAACAUUUCCAUUGAUUCUUUUUCAUAAAACAAAGGCUUGAAAUCCAA